CGAGCCCGCAUACUGGCCGCCGCCACCGCGCGCCUCACACGCAAUGCAUGCGGGAACUUAGCGGGACAACGCGCGCGGGCCUCAUGGGCACCGUGCUGAGCUUCAGCCCGCGAGAGCGGCGCCCGCCCACCGCCGCACCGCCGCCGGACCGUGCCGCCCUAGCGUACUCCUACGAAAGACUCAACAAUGCGAAGAACAGGGAAAACCGCGAGCUCACGCGCGAAGAACGGCGAGCUACCCUCGACGAUGCCGCCAAAAUCAUUUCCGAGAAAACGGCCCUCGAGAAAAAUCUCAAGAAACACUCGCUGUUCAUCAAUGCACUGUCGUGGAAGAGAUUCUCUACCGCCAACAACAAUAAGAAGAAGUUGGAAUGUAAAAGCAAGAGUGUGACGACUUUCAGAGCGCCGCUGACUGACAAUGCGCCGCUGGAUAGGAAUAAGAAUGUCAGCAUUGGGGGCGCAAUAUACACGCGGGCCCCCGUGGUGCCCCCGCCGACAGAGGUAGCGCGGACCAAUGCACUCAACAAUAACGUGUGUUACACGGAGAAGUUGCCGACAACGGCCGUGGGCACUGCCCCGGUGGUAGCGCCGAGGAAGACCGUGAUACAAGCCUCUACCUCGGAAUUGCUCAAGUGCCUGGGGAUGUUCCUCCAUUCGCGAUGUCACCGGCUAAGGGACUUCCAAGCGGGAGAUGCUGUGAUGUGGCUGCGGACAGUGGACCGUUCGUUGCUACUCCAAGGCUGGCAGGACGUUGCGUUCAUCAACCCAGCAAAUGUGGUCUUCGUCUACAUGCUCGUCCGAGAGUUAGUCGACGGGGAGAGGAUAGGUCGACCACAGGAGCUCCAAGCCGUCGUCUUGACAUGUCUCUACCUCUCAUACUCCUACAUGGGCAACGAGAUCUCCUACCCACUCAAACCUUUCCUCGUCGAGGACUCCAAAGACAAAUUCUGGGACCGCUGCCUCUUAAUCGUCGAUAGACUGUCUUUUAACAUGUUAAGAAUCAAUUCCGAGCCGGGUUUCUUCACCGAGGUGUUCACGGAGUUAAAGGCUUGUGGGGCCAUUGAGAGCCCUCCCCCCGCACCACCACACCCCGCCCCCGCACCCCCGCACGCGAUAACGGCCGCCUGACAUACAGAGGUCGCCGUCUUAAGGCUAGCGUUAACAGACCGGCCCAGCCGUGUUUGAUGUCGGCUUCUAACUGCCGAGAGUCUUGGUCGAUCGGCGAUUGGCUACGAAUGGUCUUAUAAUCGCGUUGCAAACAUUUAAACCUUCAACUAAAGUCAAGUUAAAGACACUUUGUCGGUAAUGCAACCUUCGUGAGAAGUAUUUGUUUCCGAUAUGAAAAAGAUUUGGUGUUUGCACUGACACGUGUUAAAUGUCGCCAUAACACUAUAUUCUUAUUGAUGUGGUAAAAAUAGAUUGUAUUAUAAAUGCAUUGCUACGAAACUACUGCGUUCUACGCCGUAGCAAAAUACUCAGUGUGAUGUUUUAAAUUACAUUCGUCGAUUGACCAUAGACCCGAAGCAGAAUAUUAAUUUGAUCAAAACGCAUAUUUCAGCGUCUCGGACAAUUUCAAGUUAAUUGUGAUAAAAAUAAUGAAAGAGCUAAUUAAAUAGCGAAUUUAUAAGUAAUGAUGAUCCUCAAAUCAUUUACGAAUGAGAAUGAAUGACCUAAGUCCCAGGAGUCACGUAUGUAUAUGUAUAUAUUGUUAAUACAUAUGUAUAACACAUAAUAAUGGACCUAUUAUUAAAGUUGUGAUUUAAGUCACACUUAGAGUUUCUGUAGUAAAUACAGACAGUAUUAUAUAAUUUUUAAAUUUGUGUUUAACUGUAAUACUGUGCGUAUUUUAAUAUAAUAAUUGUAAUACUUUGAGGUAUAAAUCCUUUACCAAUAUGAAUUAUGGACAACGAUGUCAACUAUAAAAACAUACGGUGUUUACCUGGGUCCUUUAAUAAUUCCACACAAGUGCGUUAGUCUCUUCUUGUAGCUAUUUAUUCAUGUCUAUACAAUACUGUAGGUAAUAUCUGAUUGUCAUGUUAACGUGAACAGUCUUAGUCCAAUAGAUCAGCGGUUAGCCAAUAAGAGUUUCGUGUAGUAGAAGAAUCGUAUUGAAAAUUAGUUAGAUAAUAGGAAAACGCAGGCGGGGGGUUGCAAUAAGGCUCCGGAUAUCCGGUCAAGUCCUUCAGAUAAAAGUACGUACGGCCGGCUCAAAGCACGUUCCGUCUUCAAGUGCUAAUUCUAGUGUGGGAAAAGUGUGUCAUCGCGUUUUGCCAUCUCUUUGUCCUUUGACAUUUGGUUUAAAAGACGUCAAUUUUAAAACGUCAAAUCUUAAGACGUCAAAUUUACUUAAAUCAAUUAGCACUUUCAGACGGGGGUCUAACUUUAAUAUAGGUCAAAUUUUGCGAUGUUUUGUACAGAUAACAUUAAACUUAGUACUUAAGUAUAGUCUUUUAAAAGAUAAUUUCCCAGAAAAAUCUUGCGAUAUUUUGUUUUAUGGGGACUAAUGUUUUAUAGGCGAUUAGAUAUUAUUGCUUCGUAUGGCACUCGGUAUACUCAAAUAGUCUAGAACAGCUUAUAGAAGGAUUUUAGGACGGAUAAAAAUUACGUAAAGUAUAAUCUAAUUAUAGCUAAUUACACAAUUACAACACAUACAAAGUUUAAGGCUCUAUUGACAUUUACGAUAUUAUUCACGUUAAUAAACGGUUGAGUACCUGUAAUUUAAACUUUGUCCAAAAUCCCCCGAGUGCCAAUGACAUCUAGUCAUUUUAACCUAAGUAAUAAUAGAAUCUCAGUUAAACUCAUAAUUGUUCGUGUAAGGUAGUUGAUUGUAUGUAUUGUUUCGUGUAUUUUUUGUUGUUAGCGUAAUGUUAAGAUUAAUGUUAGUAUUAUGCACAUUUCGUUGGUAUACUACAUCUCUCUGGAAUUAAUAACAAUUUUACAAAGAGUUUGAAGAGUUUAGGUAUCUUAGAUCGAGUACGCAAAGUCACAUAUUC